AUUCAAUGGAAUGUUUCUGAGAUGGUUGUUCCACAGAAAGGCUACUCAAUGCGGAGGCAGCUGCUGCAGAUGGUUCUGCUCCACACAGCCUGGGAAAUGGGGAGCGGCCAGCUCCAUUAUUCAGUGUUGGAGGAAUCCAAGCACGGCACCUUCGUGGGCCGCAUUGCUCAGGAUCUGGGGCUGGAGGUGAGUGAGCUGGUGCCUCGGAUGUUCCGGGUAGUUUCCAAAGGCCGUGGAGAUUAUUUUGAGGUAAACGUACAGAAUGGGAUCUUGUUUGUGAAUUCACAGAUAGACAGGGAGGAGCUGUGUGGCAAAAGCCCUCUUUGUGCCAUUCACCUGGAGGUGAUUGUGGAUAAACCCUCGAGGGUCUUUCAUGUCGAAGUGGAGAUUACAGACAUAAAUGACAAUGCUCCAUUUUUUACAGCAAGGGAGGAAAACUUCUUAAUUCCAGAAUCAAGACUUGUAGGAUCCUUUUUUCCUCUGGAGGGAGCCUUAGAUUCCGAUGUUGGUAUGAAUGCUCAGUUAAACUAUCAGCUCAGCUCUAGUGAAUAUUUCAUGUUAGAUGUCCAAAAGAGUGUUGAUAACUCUUUAGGGUUCCUAAUAAAAAAGUCUUUAGACAGAGAAGAUAUUCCUGUGCAUCGCUUACUGCUCACAGCCUUUGAUGGUGGCCAGCCAGCGCUAACAGGAACAAUUCUUCUGCUGAUUACAGUCCUUGAUGUGAACGACAACCCUCCUAUCUUUAGCCAGUCAGUAUACAAGAUCCAGAUAUUAGAAAAUGCCCCCAGUGGGACAUUGGUGGCUAAGAUCAAUGCCACCGAUUUGGAUGAAGGCAUUAAUAAAGAGAUUUCAUACUCCAUUCGUAGUGUAACUCCACCUAAAUUAAAUACCAUAUUUAACAUUGAUCCAAACACUGGGCAGAUCAUACUGAAUGGAGAACUGGACUAUGAAGACACUAAUUCAUAUGAAAUUAGAGCAGAGGCAACAGAUAAAGGUGCUUACCCCAUGUCUGGACAUUGCAAAGUUUUAAUUGAUAUUCUGGAUGUAAAUGAUAAUGUUCCAGAGAUGUCAGUGAGUUUUCUCUUGGUGCCAGUGCCAGAGGACUCUUCACUGGGAAUAGAGGUGGCCUUAAUCAGUAUUUCAGACAGGGACUCUGGAGCGAAUGGGCAAGUGAAUUGCUCCCUGUGGCCCCCAAGGGUCCCUUUCAAGCUGGUAUUGACCUUCAAGAAUUACUACUCACUGACAUUGAUUGAGCCUUUGGAUAGGGAACAGGUAACUGAAUACAGGAUGGUAGUGAGAGCUCAAGAUGAAGGGACUCCACCACUUUCAUCUAGCAGCAGCCUGGUGGUGCCGAUCAGCGAUGUGAACGACAACGCACCCACUUUUGCUCAGCCCUCUUACACAGUCUUUGUAAAGGAGAACAACCCUCCUGGGGCUCACAUCUUCACAGUGUCUGCCUCGGACCCAGAUGUGGCCGAGAACGCCUUGGUCAGCUACUGGCUGGAUGAGAAGCUCUGGCCGCUGUCGAGCUACAUCUCGGUGCACUCGGAGAGUGGGAAGCUGUACGCCCUGCAGCCCUUGGAUUACGAGGAGCUGAAGCUUCUGGAGUUCCAGGUGAGGGCCAAGGAUGCGGGGCUGCCCUCCUUGUGUGGCAACGUGACCGUGCAAGUGUUUGUGGUGGACGAGAACGACAACGCACCGGCAGUGUCUGGGCCAGACCAGGAUAUCGCAACUCUGGUGAAGGUCCCAGUGGCAGCUGGACUCGUGGUGGGCAAGAUCCAUGCCCUGGACGCUGACUCGGGCUACAAUGCCUGGCUGCGCUAUGAGUUGCAUGAUGCAGCCAGUGGCCCGUGGCGUGUGGGGCUUUACAGUGGAGAGGUCAGUACCACACGUGCUCUGGAGGAGGCAGAGGGCGGCAACAGCCAGAGUUUGUUGGUGUUGGUGAAGGAUCAUGGCAAGCUGGUACUGUCAACCACAGCCACCUUCAGCGUUUCACUGGUGGCCAGUGCCCAGGCUGCCCAGAGUGAUGCCCGCCUCUCUGGGCUGGGAAGGAAUACAAAGCCCCUGGCAGACAAUGCCAAUCUCUACCUGAUCAUCGCCAUCUGCUCUGUGUCCAGCUUGUUCCUGCUGGUCAUCCUUGUGUAUGUGGUGCUGCGAUGCCAGAGCCAGGCCAAAGAGGCGAUGAUGUAUGGUCCUGGCACAGCCACACUCGUAUGUGCAAGCGAAGUGGGCAGCUGGUCGUAUUCCAACCGCCACAGCCACAUCCUGGCAGGGGUGAGUGGGGAGCCUGGUGCCAAGAGCGACCUCAUGGUUUUCAGCCCCAAUGUUCCUGCUUCUGCUGAGAAUGGGAAACAGCAGGAUCUACUCUGCGUUAUGGUUAGUGAUGCCCUUCUAAAGUUCCUAUUGUGA